UGUAUUGCACCAUCUAUUGCUUUAUUGCCUCAUCUACCAGACCAUUUGCCGAUGUACCAGGUUUCAUUCACUUGUGUUUUGAACUGUGUUCCUGCUUUUUGUGAAUGGAAGAAGCAUAUGUAGGCAUCAUGAUUGUGAAAUGGAAGAAUGCUUUAUUUCUGCCCAACAUGUGGUAAUCUCCUUAUUGUGGAGGAGGGAUCUCAGGGUAUGCGAUUCUCAUGCGUCACCUGUGCGUACGUGUUCCCUGUCAAGAGAUGUGUCUCGUACAAGAUUUACCCCAAGCUGAAGGCCCUAGAUGACGUGUUAGGUGGGGCAGCUGCCUGGAAGAACGUAGACUCCACCGAUGAGCCCUGCCCUAAAUGCACCCACCCCCGUGCAUUCUUUAUGCAAGUGCAGACCCGAUCAGCUGAUGAGCCUAUGACACUCUUCUACAAGUGCUGUUCACCUGCCUGUGGACAUCGCUGGAAGGAAUAAC